UAUCAAUGUGAGUUCAAAUGUUAGCUUGUCAUGUAACACCUUAGACGGACAGGGAUUUAUUAUCAGCUAAUUUGUGUAAGGAUGGUUCUCAUUUUAGCAUAAUGUGACACUCGACAAUAUACUUAUGUGCGCAAAGGUUCUAUUGGUCAUUCAGCUGACGUGCUGUGUAAAUUUGUGCGUAUUGUUUGAGCACUGCUAUCCUGCUCAUGCUAACGUUAGCUGAGUGGCUACCUACAGUAGCUAACAUGAGCUAACCACCUAGCUAACUUUGUAACAAGUGUUUUUCCAAAUGUCAUAGCCUAGUGUAUAAAAAAAACUAAUCUUGUAAGCAUAGGCAGCUGAAGAACGACUUAAAUGGGUUUCAUUAGAGCAAUGACACCGGCGAGGCUCCUGUUUUUGUUAAAGUUAAACGGGAAAGCAGCAGGCUCGACCAAAACAUUAGCCAGGGCAGGGUGCAGUGUGUGCUUCAGGAGAAAUGUCUGCAGUUCACCUUCAAGACUACAGAACUGCAUGUCAGCCUGGGUCAUUGAUCAGUAUGGAACUAAUGGAGUUUUGAAGUACACAGAAGAAGUCGCCAUCCCUACUGUUAGCUCUACUAGUGAAGUGAUGAUUAAAGUCCAUGCGGCCAGUCUAAACCCUCUUGAUAUCGCUAUGAGGGGUGGUUAUGGAGCUAAAUUGCUUAAAUUAAGAAGGGAUCCACUGUCUGUGAUGGACACCGUUAGUGAAUUCCCUCUAAUCCUGGGUCGUGAUGUGUCUGGCGUAGUGGUGGACUGUGGAUCUGACGUUACCCAUUUUGCUCCAGGAGAUGAGGUGUGGGCUGCAGUUCCCCCAUGGAAACAAGGAAGUCUGGCAGAAUUUGUGACUCUAACAGAGUAUGAGGUUUCUCAUAAACCAAAACUACUGAAUCACACAGAGGCAGCAUCCAUCCCCUAUGUAGCUAACACUGCUCUGUCUGCACUUGUUAAUGCAGGUGGUCUUUGCAGAGACAACUCUUCAGAUAAAAGGGUUUUGAUCAUUGGAGGAUCAGGAGGUGUUGGAACAUUCUCUAUUCAGUUACUGAAGGCCUGGGGUGCCCAUGUAACAGUUACCUGCUCCCAGAACGCUGAAGGCCUUGUUAGAGGGCUAGGGGCUGAAGAGGUGGUGGACUAUACAACAGGAGAUGCAGCUGAACAAUUACAAGUAAUGGAGAAGUUUGACGUGAUUUUGGAUAGUGUCGGAAGGGAAACAGAGCAGUGGGCGGUGGGCCUGCUGAAACCCUGGUGUGGUGCAAAGUAUGUCACACUGGCAACACCUUUACUUCUCAACACUGAUUCCAUGGGCCUGUUGGAUGGGGCAUUUAAUGCUGUAUUUAGCCUGCAAGCCAAAGCCAUACAGAGCAUAAUAUCCAGCGGAGCCUUCUACCGGUGGGGAUUUUAUGCUCCUGAUGGACCUGGCCUGGAUGAGAUCAGCAAGCUGGUGGAUGCAGGGAAGAUCCUGCCAGUUGUGGAGGCGCAGUUUCCAUUUACCCAGGUGCCCCAGGCUUUUCAGAAGUUAGAACAGGGCCACGCCAGAGGGAAGACGGUAGUCAGGGUGGCCGAAGAGGACGACAGACAGGAUGAUGAGUUAAUAGAGAAUAUUCGCAGAGACACUGCAGAGUCAGAGCAGGAAGGCCAAGAAACAGCCAAGCAAAAUUAGAAGCAAUAAGAAGGUGCCAAGGGAAAUAAGCUUCUGCGAUUUUUCUCACCUUUACAGGGCUGCUCUUGACAGUGUUGUCCAAACAGAUCAGAGGUGCUGCAGUUCCUACUGGCUUGAUCUAAGCUUGUAACGGGAGCAUGCCAAAGGCUACUGUUCUUUGUUAAAACAUACACCUUCCUGUACUGUCGAGGGUUUCACAAGGUGCUGGAGUAGUGCAGCAUUCAUGUCGUGGUGAAGUUACUAUAAUUAAAAACCGCAGACUACAAAAUACCAUUCAGGUCAGCAGACAGCUGGUAAUUAUAGCCAGGCUUUUGUUGGCUUUCUGCUUACAGUCCAACAAGGAGUUGGAUAGUAAAAGUGUCUGUUACAAACAUAGUAGGAAAUGUGUGGCAGCAGAUGUGCUGUUCUCCAGUACUGGGUGAAGCAGAAACACCACCAUCAGACAGGUAACUAUCUGCACUGCUUUGCAUUUUGACAAUCUCCAUGGCGAGUUGCUUUACAAACGCCAUGAGCACUUGCAUUAUGUCUACGCUCUGUAGAUGCACUGUACAGUAAUCUCAACAUGAAAUAUCAGGUCAGCAGUUGGAGAACAACAAAUAAUGAAACACAUGCAGCUCAUUUGACUGUGCAGUGUAUUUAAGAAAUUUAUUGACAAAUGCUGUUUGUUGAAUAGAUUUGAUUAAAGGAAAAAAAAGACA